AUGCUCUGGGCUGCCUUGCAGCAAUGGCCAUUCUGGGCCGUUGCUGCAGUCCUGGCCCUGCUCUUGGUGCUGUGCUUUGUUCCCCGGAAAAGGUGCUGUGAGCCAGAGAGCAGUGGCCAGGAGACGAAGUCCAGCAGCAAUGUGGACAAGAGGGCAAAUGAUAAAGAAAACAAUGCUCUGGCAAAGAAAGAAGGAGAAAUCACCUUGGCAAAUGUGGAGAAACACAACAAUGCUGAUGACAGCGGAGAAGGUGGCAGCAAUGCUGGCACAACUGGAAAAGACAAUGUUGGAAGCGAAGGAAUAGAAGGUAGCGAGGAUGCAAAAGCUGGAAAAGGAAACGAUGAUGUGAAUGUAGAGGAAGAUAAGAAGCAUGACGGAAAUGAGGAAGAAGACAGCAAUGCUGUCACAAAUGAGAGAGACAAUGUUGAAAAUGAAGCAGAAGAAGGCACUGAGGAGGCAAAAGCUGGAGAAGGAGGUGAUGAUGUCAACGUGGAGGAAGACACCAAGGAGGCCGGAAAGGAGGCAGAAAGCAGCAAUGCUGUCUCAAAUGAAAAAGACAAUGCUGGAAAUGAGGAAAAAGAAGGCAAUGAGGAUGGAGAUACUGGAAAAGUAAAGGAUGAUGAGAAUGUCGUCAAAGACAACACUGAGGCCAGAAAUGAGGAAGAAGGCGGCAAUGUUGACACAAAUGAAGAAGACAAGGAGGCCAGACAUGGUGGAAAAAAAUGCAGUAAGGGCACAAAUGAGGAAGAAGUGAAUGCCAACACGGAUGUGCAGAAGAACAAUGCUGCUGGCAACGAAGGAGAGAAAUCUGACACAAAUGAAGACAAAGAGUGGGAUUUUGCACGCAAGCUUGAAAGGCUUGUGCAGGAGCACAUGCAAUGGCCUCUCGUGGACCUGGACAGAGGUUGUGCCACGGUAACUCUCCUGAUGGACAACUUCACACGUGCCUUUGGAUAUGGCUCGUCCAAUCACUUCUACCCAGUUCUGCAACAAGCCAUCGGGGUGGGCAAUGCCUUUGAAGGCUGGAGGCCCUGCGCAGAGGGUGCGUUGUACCACGUGCUUGUACCCCUGAGUGCGCCCCCGGGGCACGCCUUCAACCUGGAACCGGACACGGGAGUAAAAAUGCCAGGGAGGAACUUCCGUGUCCGCGUGGACCUGGAGUGCACCUGUGUGAGGGAGCAGCUGGGCGACAAUGCCAUGCUGUGCUUCCUCCACCACUCCAAGGAGGAGCUGAGCAGGAAGCAGGAGCCCAGCCUCCUAGACACCCUCUGCACUGGACCCUACCUGGAUGUGGAGAAAACUGCCCGCUGGCUGUACCAAUUGGUGAGAGCAGACUGGUUGCUUUUGCCUCAGUCCUCCCACAGGCUUAAUUUAAUGUUGCUGCCCUCCAGCCGCUCCUGCAAGAUGCAGCUGAGCAAGGGCAAGGAAAGCUUGGUGGUAGAGGUGCUGUUUGGGGUGCGGCAAGGCGACUCGGACAUCUAUGUGAGCAGUCAGCCCACGGAAGUCCACUUCAUGCCGAGCACAACCUGGCACGAGACCUACGCCGUGGCUGAGGCCAACUUCUUCAGGCACGUGGCCAGGCGGGCGCCGCAGGACAGCUGGCACUGCAAAUGCCUGCAGUUCCUCACCGGCGUUGCAAUGGGCAAAGGCUUUUCUGCCUACGCCUUGAAGACAGUCGUCAUGCACCUCCUGAACACCAGACCCCUGUCACAGUGGAGCAGGAGGGAUUUCAUGAAGCGCUUGGUGGACAUUGUGGACUCCCUGCGCUGCUCCCUGGACAAGAAAUGCCUUGACCACUUUGUCAUAGGCAACCAGAGGGUUCCCGGGGAGAUCAGUUUGCCGCCAGAGCUGCAAAGGGUUGAACCGCCCAACCUGUUCCAGCACCUGGCGUGUGAUCCAGACGCCUACAGAGAGGUGGUGCAGGAGUAUAUUAGGCUGCGACAUCAGCUCAAACAACUGCUUCUUGCAGCCGUGAAGGCCAGUGCUAAGAGACAGAGAUGAGCUGCUGGGGGCUCACGCCUGAAGACAGGCUCUGUAUAUAAAAGGAGUAGUCCAUGUUUAAGUAUUUAAUAGGUAGAUAGUGCACUUAA